GUUUAACAGAGUUACAGUGACAUUCAGUCUUCAUAUCCUGAGCCGUUUUAGAAGAAGCAGAGAGGAAGCGGCCUGAAAAUGCUGGUCUCCACGACAGAACAAGUUGCUGUAACAGUAACACCUAGCCUGGACUCUUCAGUCGGUAUCGACUCAAACUUCCUCGACUCAGAAUUUCGUUACAGCCUCCUCCCAGUUGUCUAUGGCAUCAUCUUUGUCCUGGGCCUCUUGGCCAACAUCUACGUGCUGUUCGUGCUGCGCCGCCUCCGUGAAGCCAAGGCCAUGGGAGAAAUUCGAAUCUACAUGACAAACUUGACCAUCGCUGAUCUCCUUUUUGUGUGUGCCCUUCCAUUUUGGAUUGAUUAUUAUGGUCGCCACGGUAACUGGAUCUACACAGACUUCAUGUGCCGGGUGACUGGCUCAUUGUUCUUCAUCAACACCUACUGCUCCAUCCUCUUCCUUGGAGCCAUCAGUGUCAACCGGUACUGGGCAGUCACACGGCCUCUGGAUGCAGCCUCUUCAGACCACAGGCGACGUGGGAUAAUCGUGUGUGUUGUCAUCUGGGUGUUGACCAUGUCAAUGGCUAUUCCAUUUCUGGCAUCUCCUGGGACCAACACUGACAAGAAUAUGACUCGCUGUUUUGAGGGAUACCACAAUCAAACUGAUACAGAGAAAAAAAAAGUCGCUGCUACACAUUUUGCAAUAAUUGGGAUGUUUUUUAUUGUCUUUUUUCUUGUUGUGGUGUGUAAUUUCCUCAUUGCUCGAGCCUUACUUUCUCAAAGUGCUCCUCAGACACAAUUCACCUCUCUGACUUCAAAGCCCAGGGGUGUGAAACGGAGGGCUCUGCAGAUGUUGUGGGCAGUGGUCGGAGUGUUUGUUCUGUGUUUUCUGCCUCACCAUGUAAUUCAAGGCCUUUGGACUUUGGCUGUGUUACAGAUCGAACAGGGCUGGGGUCACGUAACAUGGGACCAGAAGACUCGUCAAGCACUCAAUGACGCACAUCAGAUCACCUUGCUUCUUAUGGGCCUGAACUGCAUUUUAGAUCCUAUCGUUUAUUGUUUUGCCACAAGGAAGUUUAGAAGGUUCGUCAUGGCCCAUGUUAAAAAGUUUACAAAAGGUGAAGGGUGUUCACAAACGGUCGAAACUCAGCUCUCCAUGGACAGUAGGAAUCAGAGCCAGAAAUUGCAGAACCAAGAGCCAAAUAUGGAUUGAUUUCUAACCAACCAUGCUAUUUCUGUAACACAUUAUCCUUGUCAGGGUUGUGGGGACUACAGCUCAUCCCAGCUGACAUUAGGCGAGGCUGGACAAGUCAUCAAUUCAUCACAGGACUAUGAAUCGACAAACAUAUGUAAUAUUUGUAUACAAAUGUAGAUACUAUUGCUUAACGUGUGUGAAAGACGUGUGUCUAUGUAAUUUAUUGUUUCUAACUCUGCAAUCUCAGAAUCUCAUUUAUUCUGUGAAAACUGAAUGGAGUGUCAUUGUCUUCACCUUUCAUUUGUACAUGUUGCAGGAUUGCAGCAUAUUGUGGUGUGCAUUGCACCAGUCCUUCUCUUUCUCUCUCUCUCUCUCUCUUUUCCUGUGUGAACUUUUGGGCUGAAAAACAGAAGCAGAAGUACAUUAGCCGAACAUUUACGACUUAAGACUAGCAGGACAAGACAUUGCAGGCCUUUUUUGGGUGGGCAGAGUGAAGAUUCUCACUAGAUAACACACGCACACAGAGUGAAAUAUGUUAUGACAUAAUGAUGUUGUCUGACAUUAGAUUAUAUCCUCUUUUUUUAAACCAGGGAGCUGUUUGAGCUGCUUCCCCUCUGCCUUUGAAUAUUGUGACAUACAUUAUGUCUCACAAUAGAAAAUCCCAUUAUUCUCUGUCCAAAAAAAGCCAGUGCUUAUUAUUAUUCAGCUAUCUGCUCUAUAUGUAUUUAUUCUAUAUUUUUUAUGUACCAUGAGCUUACCAGCUGUUGCAAAACAGAUUUAUGGUGGAAUUUUCUUAACCAAGUGGAAAAGUUUUUAUUAUCUUGAAUUGUAUUCUAAAGUGUGUGUAUUGUUGUUUUGAUCUUUCAAAAAGAAAUUGUAAUGUUUUUUUGUAGCUAACUCUUAUAAUUUAAAAUUGUAUUUGUGCAUUCAAAUUUUCUGUAUCGAAGUGAUUAAACAGUCCAUUUU